AAUAAAUAAUUAUGGAAUCUAAAGCCUCCACCCAAGCUAUUGGUCCCACUCAUCAAAAGAUUGAGAGCUCAGCUUCAAGUUUGUUAGAAAAUGACAUUCUUAAAGAAGAAGUUGCUAAUUCAAAGAUUUGAAUGGAUGUUCUAAAAUCUAAGAAUGAGAUGCUCUCAAUAUUAUAGAGUCUACUGAUUUAAAUAAAUUUGUUUUUGAUUACUCACAAAGUUCAAAAAUUAUAUCCGCAUAUGCCAAAUUUGGAUCAUUGUUCAGAUAUAGUUCAGUACUCUUUACAUACGCGUUUAAAAACAAGAAUUAUUCGAAGCUGGUUUCAAGACUUCUUGAGGCUCACAAAAAUGUGCAAGGGAUAGAAAAAUGGGAACUUCAUAUUCUUGGUUCAGUUCCUUGUAAAAUUCAAAAUAUGGGAUUAAACAAUGUAUUGGCAGGCCUUUCUAAGUUUACAAAAUGAGUAGAAUUUGGGAAAUUAGAAAUUGGACCAACACAUCUUCAGAGAAUCAUCGUCUGAGGCAGACAUUUGGAAAAAAUCUGUUUUAAUCGAUGUGUGAUCUCUGAGCAAAGAUGGAGCGCCACUUUCAAGAAUUAUUACCCCUCACCUGUAAAUUUGAAUAAUGUUAUUUUCCUUCGAUGCUAUUCAAGAAUACAAGAAGAAAAUGAUCUACUUAGAUUUAUCCCAGACAUUAUGAAAGGAAUACUUGAUUCAUCUUUUAAGGACUUAAUCAACUUUAUUGAGUUCAAUCAAUCCACUAAGGGCCUAUCAAAAGAAGCUCUUUUGGAAGCUCUUGAAUGCAAAGAAAGCGAUUUUGAUGUUAUAAUAACAGAUUUUAAAAUACUGUUUGAUCUUGGUCCAUAAUAUACCACCUGUGUGAUGUUUCAAUCUAAA